CUUAAUUUGUACAUUGACCAAAUUUUCUCAAACCUAGGGUUUUAGGUUGGAGCUAUUUGAAGUAGUAGUAGACCUCUAAUUUGAGCAUUGUUCACCUCAGCACAACAUUCAACAAUGGCGUCUUCAAUUUGCAGACAAUCAGCCAUAACCCCAUCUCCCAAGAUCAGUUUUCGGUGCAACAGGGUGCCCCUCCGCUCAUUCUACAUCUUCAAGCAUACCAAUGGCGCUACGCCUACCGCCACCGCCGUCCGCUGUUCCGUCCGGCGUCCGGAGUACAUCCCCAAUCGCAUUCCAGACUCCAAGUAUGUUCGCAUAUUUGACACCACUCUGCGCGACGGCGAGCAGUCUCCCGGCGCCACCAUGACCACAAAAGAGAAGCUGGACAUCGCACGGCAGCUUGCCCGUCUCGGGGUGGAUAUCAUCGAGGCUGGAUUCCCCGCCUCCUCAGACGCCGACUUCGAAGCCGUUAAAUUGAUCGCGCGCGAGGUUGGAAAUGUCGAUUCUGAUCACGUGCCGGUCAUCUGCGGCUUGGCCAGGUGUAACAAGAGGGAUAUUGAUAGGGCGUGGGAGGCAGUAAAGUUCGCCAAGAAGCCCAGGAUUCACACGUUUAUUGCCACUAGCGAAAUUCACAUGAAGUUCAAGCUGAAGAUGACUCCGGAGCAGGUGCUUGAGAAGGCUAGGAGUAUGGUGGCGCAUGCCAGGAGUUUGGGAUGUAAUGACGUGGAAUUCAGCCCAGAGGACGCUGGAAGAUCAGACAGGGAGUUCCUUUAUCAAAUCCUGGGAGAAGUUAUUAAGGCUGGUGCGACAACCCUCAACAUCCCUGAUACAGUUGGCUACACUUUGCCCUCUGAAUUUGGACGGUUAAUUGCUGACAUAAAAGCAAACACCCCUGGAAUUGAAAAUGUGAUUAUUUCGACACACUGUCAGAAUGACCUUGGACUUUCUACUGCUAAUACUUUAGCGGGUGCACAUGCUGGUGCAAGACAAUUAGAGGUGACCAUUAAUGGAAUUGGUGAAAGGGCUGGUAAUGCCUCACUAGAGGAGGUUGUAAUGGCCUUAAAAUGCCGUGGAGAGCAAGUACUAGAUGGCCUUUACACAGGGAUCAACACACAACACAUUGUUAUGGCCAGCAAGAUGGUAGAAGAAUACAGUGGGCUACGUAUCCAGCCACACAAAGCAAUUGUUGGAGCUAACGCAUUUGCUCAUGAAAGUGGAAUUCAUCAGGAUGGAAUGCUUAAAAAUAAAAAUACCUAUGAAAUAAUAUCUCCUGAAGAUAUUGGACUUCUUCGCUCUAAUGAAUCUGGUAUAGUGCUCGGAAAACUCAGUGGACGCCAUGCUUUGAAAGCCAAAAUGUUAGAGCUUGGCUAUGACAUAGAUGGCAAGGAGCUUGAUGAUCUUUUUGCACGUUUCAAAGAUGUCGCAGGAAAUAAGAAGAUUAUCACCGACGAUGAUCUAAUUGCCCUAGUAUCUGAUGAAGUUUUCCAGCCAUUAGUUGUUUGGAAACUUGAAGAUGUACAGGUUACUUGUGGAUCUCUUGGCCUUUCAACUGCAACAGUCAAACUAAUUGAUGCGAAUGGUGAUGAGCAUAUUUCUUGUUCGGUUGGAACAGGGCCAGUCGAUGCAGCAUACAAGGCGGUUGAUCUUAUUGUUAAGGUUCCUGUCACACUUCUUGAGUAUACCAUGAAUGCAGUGACUGAAGGCAUCGAUGCUAUAGCCACAACAAGGGUUCUAAUUCGUGGAGAAGAUAGUAUUACCUCAACCCAUGCUUUGACUGGAGAAACUAUCAACCGGGCAUUCAGUGGAACUGGAGCAGCAAUGGAUAUCGUUAUCUCAAGUGUUCGAGCCUACGUUGGGGCACUGAACAAGCUACUGGGCUUCAAGAAUCGCGUAGAAACCGAGGAUCCCAGUCAAAGCAAGGUGCUGAAUGCAUAUAAAUGAAGUAAUAGUAAGGUUAUUAGCAACUGAAUCAGAAAUCCGUUGUGAAAAUAAUUAAAGAUUGUAGUAUUUAUGAGUUAGUACUAAAUUUAGCACCAAAAAAUUGUGUGCUAGCCUAAUUUUGGUUAUGUUGUAUGCUCCAACUCUUAUAUAAGUUUGAUGUAUUUAUUGUUUUGAUGGAUGUGUAGUGAUAUAAAUACUGGAUGAGAAAAAAUAAAUAAUGUAAGAUUCAGAUUCCAA